AUGUCGUCGCUCGCCGCGGCGAGAGCGGAUAACUUCUACUACCCGCCGGAAUGGAGCCCCAAGAAGGGUGGGUUGAACAAGUUCCAUGGCCAGCAUGCGCUCAGGGAGCGGGCGAGGAAGCUCGACCAGGGCAUCCUGAUUAUAAGAUUUGAGAUGCCUUUUAACAUUUGGUGUGGUGGAUGCAAUUCCAUGAUAGCGAAGGGAGUAAGAUUUAAUGCUGAGAAGAAACAAGUUGGAAAUUAUUACUCUACCAAGAUAUGGAGCUUCACCAUGAAAUCACCCUGUUGCAAGCAUGAAAUUGUCAUUCAGACAGACCCAAAGAAUACUGAAUAUGUCAUAAUCAGUGGGGCCCAGAAGAAAACAGAAGAUUUUGAUGUUGAGGACGCAGAGACAUUGCUGUUGCCAGCUGAUGAAGAUCGAGACAAGCUCGCGGAUCCUAUGUAUCGGCUUGAACACCAGGAAGAGGAUCUUCGGAAGAAAAAAGAAGCUGAGCCAGUUUUAGUUCGCCUUCAACGACUCUCUGACAGCCGGCACUCUGAUGAUUAUGCUCUGAACAGAGCACUGCGCGACCGUCUUAGGAGCCAAAAAAAGAGAGUUGCUGAAGAGAAGAAGUCCGCGAGAACGUUGGGCCUCGGAGUGCGGCUCUUGCCUCCCUCUGCAGAAGAUGCCACCGCUGCGGCUUCAGUGAAGUUUGCAUCGAAAUUUGAGAAGAGCAGAAAGGACAAGAGAGCAGCAAUCAAAGCUGCCUCUAUCUUUUCCGAGUCAUCAAGCUCAGCCUCGAAUGGUAAACUCGACCUCGUGCUGAAGAGGCGGAACAUAAAAGCUGGCGCUGCUACCACACUGAUGGCAGGCAGGGUGAAGCCGUCCUCGUGGCAGAGCGCCAGUUCUGCGAGCGCAAGGACUCGGAUGCCGGUUCUGGCAGCACGCAAGUAG